AAAGCAAAAAUUAAUUAGUCAUUACAAAAUAAUUGCCCAAAAUAUCAAAAUAUAAAGUAUUUAAGACAUCAGGGGUGAUGUCAUCACCACAUCCAUAUCUUCUCCGAAAUUCUAAACAUUUAUACAUCCUGAGAAUGGUCACAAAUUCUCUACCUCUCUCUCUCUCUCUCUCUGGUAGAGAAAAUGGAGAUAUCAGUUGCAUCGGUAACAGUUUCUGUAGCUGUAGUUGUUGUGUCAUGGUGGGUAUGGAGAACUUUACAGCGGGUUUGGCUUAAACCAAAGAUGCUUGAGAGUUACCUGAGAAGACAAGGUCUUGCCGGAACUCCUUACACGCCUCUUGUCGGUGAUUUGAAGAGAAAUUUUAGCAUGCUGGCUGAGGCAAGAUCCAAACCCAUCAACCUAACAGAUGAUAUCACACCACGUAUCGUGCCUUAUCCGUUGCAAAUGCUCAAGACUCAUGGGAGGACUUUCUUUACAUGGUUUGGACCCAUACCAACAAUCACCAUAAUGGAUCCUGAGCAAAUCAAAGAAGUGUUCAACAAAGUUUAUGAUUUCCAGAAGGCACAUACGUUUCCUCUGGGCAGAUUAAUAGCGGCUGGACUCGUUAGUUAUGAUGGUGAUAAAUGGACAAAACACCGAAGAAUCAUCAACCCGGCUUUCCACCUUGAGAAGAUCAAAGUUUAUAAGCUUUCUUUUCCGUAGUCCCAGUUUAGCUUUAUGUAUGUAUGUCCAUUUGGUUCUGAACCAAUUUGUGUCCUCUGCUUUUAUGUACAGAAUAUGGUACCUGCGUUCCACCAGAGCUGCAGCGAGAUUGUUGGCGAAUGGGACAAGUUAGUGACGGAUAAACAGUCAUCCUGUGAGGUGGAUAUUUGGCCUUGGCUUGUGAGUAUGACUGCAGAUGUGAUCUCCCGUACUGCAUUUGGCAGCAGCUACAAAGAAGGGCAGAGGAUAUUUGAGCUCCAAGCGGAAUUAGCACAGCUCAUCAUUCAAGCUUUUCGGAAAGCUAUUAUCCCUGGAUAUCGUUAUUUCCCUACAAAGGGUAAUAGAAGGAUGAAAGCAGCAGCUAGAGAAAUCAAAUUUAUACUGAGAGGGAUCGUUAACAAAAGGCUUAGGGCAAGAGAAGCUGGGGAAGCACCAAGUGACGAUUUGCUGGGUAUACUUCUUGAAUCGAAUUUGGGACAAACAAAAGGAAAUGGAAUGAGUACCGAGGAACUGAUGGAGGAGUGCAAGUUGUUCUAUUUCGCUGGGCAAGAGACUACUACAGUACUUCUGGUUUGGACAAUGGUGUUGUUAAGCCAACACCAAGAUUGGCAGGCUCGUGCAAGAGAAGAAGUGAAGCAAGUUUUUGGCGAUAAAGAACCUGAUGCAGAAGGCUUGAACCAGCUCAAAGUUAUGACGAUGAUAUUAUAUGAAGUCCUUAGGCUAUAUCCUCCAGUAGUCCAGCUGACCCGAGCCAUUCACAAAGAGAUGCAGCUAGGUGACCUGACACUACCAGGCGGCGUUCAGAUAAGUCUACCAAUUCUGCUAAUCCAACGCGACAGGGAGCUGUGGGGAAACGAUGCAGGGGAGUUCAAGCCAGAUAGAUUCAAAGACGGUCUCUCAAAGGCAACAAAGAACCAAGUCUCCUUCUUUCCUUUUGCGUGGGGACCGAGGAUCUGCAUUGGCCAAAAUUUUGCACUGCUUGAGGCAAAGAUGGCAAUGACACUGAUUCUACGGAAAUUCUCCUUUGAGCUUUCUCCUUCUUAUGUUCACGCGCCUUACACAGUCCUCACUACUCACCCACAGUUCGGUGCUCCUCUUAUCUUGCACAAGCUCUAAUCGUAUAAACUCCUUGUUCACAAAUAUACUUUCCAAUUUCCAUACACAGAUGAAACAACUCCAUAUUAUCAUACAAAACUCAAAUCUUGAUACGGUUUUGAAGUCACAGAACUCACGGAACAAAUCUCAGUUGUGAAACAAAAACCCAAGACUAUAGACAAGAGAUCACAAACCCUUUUUUUGAGAAUUGACUCAGUAUUUGUUCUUCAUCAACGACUAUUCUCUUCCGGUUACUGAUUAGAAGCGGCAACGCUUGUAUCCAGAGAAGCCGUAGCCAAAACACUUCAUACCAAUCAAACAUGUUGGAUUACGUCGUGAUUUCGCCUCAACAAUGCUCAACCAAAUCUUACAGUCUCUUUGAAACAGAGUAACCCAUAGAAUAAUCGAACGACAGAUGAGAUUCUCCAAAUCGAUCGCUUCUGAAUUCGCUAAAAACCCCAAUUUCUUCAUCAACGGUGAUAUUCGCGGAGGAGAGGUUCUAUAUGACGGCGCAAUGUUAUAAUUUGAGAAAAUGUCUGAAAACUCCCUUUUUGUCAAGAGCUAACCUCAUAUCUCCCCAACGAAAACAGAAAGGAAUUUUGAUUUAUUUUUAAUUCGUUUUGUAUGGAUUUUACUUGUAUACCCCAACUGAAAUCGAAUAUUUACAAUAAAAAUUUGGAUCUAUUCGAUCCAGACCCGAUCCAUUAUCCCAAAGAG